AUGGCAGACGCAGCUGUCGCCGAUCAGAACGACUUCAACGCGUCGUCCCCGUCUAGUCCCAGCCAGAAGAGAAAGCGUGGCGCACCGGAUUCUUCUCCCGAUUUGCGACGCGCUAAACGUGUGCCCGCUAACAUUUCAAGCACCCUGGAGGCGGCAUAUGUCGAGAGCGCUGUCGAAGCUGCGCAAGCAGCCGCCCAGGCAGCAACUAACGCCGACUUCUCGGCUCUACAGCAGGCUACAGUGGAUCACCAUGACACUUCGGACCAUGCCAACGCCUCCAGCACAGCUGCCGCCGCUUUAGGAACCUUAUACCCUACUAUCCACGUCCCUCAAUCUACGGAAGAGGCCUUUGCUGCCCAGACUUCGACAGAAGGAGAACACCACCCAGAUUCGUCAUUCGGCCAUAACGAUAUGCUUCAUGCGGACGGCCUUCCCGACACGUCUUCUAAUGGACUCCCACAAUCCCAGAAUGGUGUCAGAUCCACCCAGCCUUCUUAUACGACCAGCUCCACAUCCACUUCCAAGCCGGCUGUAGGUUCGGAAGAAUGGCACAAGCUGCGAAAGGACAAUCAUAAAGAGGUGGAGCGUCGGCGUCGCGAGACCAUCAACGAGGGUAUCAAUGAGCUUGCCAAGAUUGUACCCGGAUGCGAGAAGAAUAAAGGUUCAAUUCUGCAACGGGCAGUCAUGUUCAUCACUCAGCUUAAGGAGAACGAAGCGCAGAACUUGGAGAAGUGGACUUUAGAGAAGCUAUUGACCGAGCAGGCAAUUCAGGAGCUCAGUGCUUCCAACGACAAGCUCAAGCAAGAGUGUGAAAGAGCUUAUCGAGAACUAGCCAUAUGGAAACAGGUGGCACAGAACGCAGGACUUCAGCCUCCCCAGUCUAAGGAAGAAUCUUCUUCAUGA